CUCCACUCAAUGUGGGAUACACAUUGUAAUACUAUAUAGUGUGCUACACAAAUUUGUAUUGUUUGAAUGCAACAAGCAUGGAUGGACAAGCUGCUUCAAACAAAAGCAAGCCCAUCGACCAUGCUAUUCCAUUUGCCAGGCAUUGAUAUGACACAUUUCAAUCCUUUGUAUUUGCCAUCACUCCCAUUUGUGAAUCUAUCUUCAUACCCAAAUUCUAUAUUUUAUUAGUUUAAAGUCUUUGCUAUAUUUCUUAACCCGAAAACCCGAGUCAACAGCAAUCAGAAUAGGAUAGAUCCGAAUCCAAAAAACCUGUCAAAACCCGAUCCCGAACCAAUCCGUCCAAUUUAGUCAUUUCCUGAUUGACCACGGCGCUUUGUAUCUCUCAAGUCUUGUCUCGUUUUCAGACAGUAGUUUCUUUUGUUCCUCAAAACCACCCCCCUUUUUUUCGAUUGUUUUUCGUUGAAUUUGAAGGUUUUUAAUCGAAAAAAAUGGGGUUUGUUUCUUUCGUGGGAAGAGUUCUUUUCGCUUCAGUAUUUCUCCUCUCUGCUUGGCAAGAGUUCAAUGAAUUUGAUGUUGAUGGAGGGCCAGCAGCAAAGGCAUUGAAGCCGAAAUUCAAUGUCUUCUCAAAGACUGUGACAUCUCAUACAGGGGUGCAAGUGCCGGAAUUCGAUAUUAAGUAUCUAGUUGCUGCUGCUGUGGCCUUUAAAGGUGUUGGGGGUAUCUUAUUUACAUUCGACAGCAGUAUCGGAGCUUAUCUUCUGGUUCUGCAUCAGCUUAUCGUUACUCCCAUAUUGUACGACUUCUACAACUAUGACACAGAAAAGAAGGAAUUCGGUAUACUUUUCACAAAAUUCACACAGAACUUGGCUCUGUUAGGGGCCUUAUUCUUCUUUAUUGGCAUGAAGAACUCGAUGCCUAGGAGACAACACAAGAAAAAGGCUCCAAAAACAAAAACAUUUUGAAGAGGAACAUCUAGGAUUUUUGUUCGAUAUCCGUCUACUUCAGUGAAUCCAUAUCUAUCUUUAUUUAUGCUUUGUAUCAUGGCUUUGUUUCUUAAAGACUAGGGAAAAGGGGCAUAUAUUACUCGGAAUGGCUUGAUAUUAUUAAUUACGAAGUUAAGCUCGUUGUUAUUUAAUUUUCAGAAAGGGUUUGAUAAUAUUACUUUUAAA